AAUACAAUCCAACAUAUUUUCAAUUAAAGCACAAACAGAAAAUAUAAGGAAGUUGCUUUCUUGCAUAAAGUCAUCGGUUUGACCAACUCACUUCCUCCUACAAUCAAAUGAAAAUCAUGUGCAUAUACAUGUAUAUAUACGUAUAUCUCCUUAUCUUCUUGAAUUGAAACCUGAAACCCACUUUCUUCUUCUUGAAUUGAACUCUGAAACCCACUUUGUUCAUGCUUCUUUCCUUCUUUUUCUCAAGAAAGAAAGAGAGAAAGGAAGAAACUUUUGCAAGAAAACACAGCAAAGUUCCCUAUACGUAUACAUAUACCCACAUAUUUCGAAAGGGCACUGUAACAUAUAGUAAGAGCAUGAGAUUCUUGUUUCUUCUGCUGGUGAAGAUUCUACUGAUUGCCGCCAUUGUUGGCGGAUCACAGAGCUUGGAGUUCGAUUUUCCAAUCUUCUUUAGAGCAAACGGAAGCGAGACCGGUGCUCUCAUUUUAGCUAAUGAAGAUUCAAACAUAGAAUUCAACUCUCUGCAAGUUACAAAUGAUGUCAAAGAUGGCAAGCUGAUAAAAGACUUGUCGGGUCGAGCGGUGUUCAGAGAGAAAUUCAGGCUAUGGAGCACAAAGAAAGGCAAGGCAACUUUCAAUACCACCUUCCUCAUCAACAUUCAGAACCAGACAGAUCCAGGCGGUGAAGGACUAUGUUUUAUAUUAGCAGAAGACAGUUCAGUCCCACCAAACAGCCAUGGACAGUGGCUUGGGAUUGUAAAUGAAACCACUAAUGGUUCCUCUUCUUCUCCAACAAGAAUUAUUGCAAUCGAAUUCGAUACCAGGAAGAGCUUCGAUGAAGAUGUUGAUAGUAACCACGUCGGAUUGGAUAUCAACAGUAUCAAUUCCAUCAGACGGGUUUCGCUAACCAGCCGUGGGAUUACUCUGUCCGAUGGAGUAAACUCAAAUCAUACAGUUCAUAUUCAGUAUAAUGGAACCCAUCUGUCUGUUUUUGUUUCCAGGGGGAGUAAUGAGGAAGAUGAUCCUGACAUGGAAAACCUGGUUUUCUCCGAGCCUUUGGAUCUCUCUAAUCAUCUUCCGGAGAGUGUUUUCGUGGGAUUUGCCGGCUCAACGAGUUCAGAAACACAGCUGAACUGUGUGUUAUCAUGGAAAUUUAAUGGAACGAAUGUGAAUGAAGAAGCAUCAAAGGUUUGGAUCUGGAUUACUGUCCCUGUUGUGGGAGUUUCUCUCCUCUCUGGGAUUUUCUUGUUGCUGUAUUGGGUAAGAAAAUGUAGGAAACAGGAACAAGAAGAUGUAUACCCAAGCAUCGAAGAUCAGAUUCAAGGGUCAACUCUAGCACCAAGGAAGUUCAAAUUGAAAGAACUUAAAAAUGCAACUGGGAAUUUCAGUCCUAGAAACAAGCUUGGCAAAGGUGGAUUUGGAACAGUCUAUAAAGGUGUCUGGAAAGAUAAAUUAAUCGCCGUUAAACGCGUUUCGAAAAAAUCCCACCAAGGAAAACAAGAAUUCAUAGCAGAAGUAACAACAAUCGGAAAUCUGAAUCACAGAAAUCUCGUCAAACUAAUCGGAUGGUGCUAUGAAAACAAAGAUCUCCUCCUGGUUUAUGAGUUCAUGCCUAAUGGAAGCCUGGAAAAAUUCAUAUUCAGCGAAGCAGAGGUAGAGAUGGAAGAAUAUUCACCUUCACCUCAAUCUUCAAUUCCAUCUUCAUCUUCGUCUCUCAGUUGGGACACAAGGCUGAACGUAAUCCAUGGAGUAGCUCAAGCUCUUGAGUAUCUCCACAACGGGUGUGAGAAACGAGUCCUCCACCGCGACAUCAAGGCCAGUAACAUCAUGUUAGACUCCGAGUUCAACCCGAAACUGGGCGAUUUCGGGUUGGCAAGAACAAUCCAGGAGAGUCAACAAACUCAUCAUUCAACCAAAGAAAUUGCAGGAACUCCAGGCUACAUGGCUCCAGAAAUUUUUCUAACAGGAAGAGCGACUGUUGAAACAGACGUUUACGCCUUCGGAGUACUGAUUCUUGAAGUCGUCUGUGGAAGAAAACCAGGGAAUCAGAGCGACCCGAACAAUUACAAUAACAGCAUAGUGUAUUGGCUUUGGGAUUUAUAUGGGAAAGGAUUGAUUACUGAUGCUGUUGAUAAAAGAUUGAAAGGCCAAUUCGAGGAGAAAGAAAUGGAGUAUGUGUUGAUUUUAGGGUUGUCUUGUUGCCAUCCGAAUCCAAAUAAGAGACCUUCAAUGAAGAUUGUUUUACAGGUUCUGAAUGGGGAAGCGGAUCCGCCGGAGGUGCCGACUCAGAGGCCGGCGUUCAUGUGGCCAGCUCUGCCACCUUCGUUCCACGAAUCGGAUUAUUCCUUACCGGGAAGCCAACUCACUCCAUUCACAGAGAUAAGCGGGAGAUGAUAAACCAUUACGACGCCGUUUGAUUUUUUGUAAUUGAACGACUACGACGCCGUUUCAUUGUUUGUAAUAUAACUCUUUGUACUGUGAUUCUGUAACAGGUCCUGAUUGCAGCAAAGCAAAAAGGACAGUGAUGUUUA